AUGGCGCCAGCAGCAACCGGUGGCAAGAAGCAAAAGAAGAAGUGGUCCAAGGGCAAGGUCAAGGACAAGGCCCAGCACGCCGUCGUCCUCGACAAGAACACCAACGAGAAGCUCCAGAAGGAUGUUCAGUCGUACCGCCUCAUCACCGUUGCCGUCCUUGUCGACCGUCUGAAGAUCAACGGCUCGCUCGCCCGCAAGGCCCUUUCCGACCUAGAGGAGAAGGGUGUCAUCAAGCCCGUCAUUGAGCACAGCGCAUGCAAAGUGUGGACACGAGCGGUCGGUGGCGGCGACUAA